AUAACUUAAUAAUGUAUAUUGUACUAAAUAAAAAGAGAAGAAAGCCAUUAUUAUUAAUUAUCCAAGGGGUGCUAUUUAAAAAAAAAAUACAUUGCGACAGAAGCAAAAUAUAAUUGGGACAUGUUGGUAUCUGCAAAUAAAUUGAUUAUGUAUAUUUUUUUUAACGGAUUAAAUUCAACAAGAAAACACUAAAGAUGAUGAGUAGUGUGGAAGAUCUAGAUGGAUUGCCAGAAGAAACCAGAGUAGAAACCAGAGUAGAAACCAGAGUAGAAACCAGAGAAGAAACCAGAGAAGAAACCAGAGAAGAAACUAGCGAAAGACCGACAGAAGAAGCGACAGAUGUAUCGACUGAAGACAAAUUAACCGACGAAGUAUGUCGUCGUGCGCUCACCAGGGCCCACCAAAAGGUGAUUGCAGACAUGAAACCGGAAGUGGUGCUGGAUGGGUUUAAGGUAGCUGGAUUUCUGUCGGACGAAGACCAUUACGACCUUAAGGAACUCCUAACGGAUGCAAUCCAAAACCGCAUUCUUGUCAGUAAAGUCAGUCAAAGUGACAAAACGGUAUACCUUGAGUUCAAGAAAUGUCUCAAAGAUUCCCAACAAGAUGACUUGGUGAAGGAUUUGGAGGAAAAGGAGAGAGAGUUGAUAGUGGAGAUUGAAGAGUAUCGUCAGAUCGAAAUGGAGCACCAGUGUCUAAUGGACGAAGAGAUGAGACGUGCCAGAGAGUUAGGCGGAGACGGAAGAUCACAGAAUGCUGGGGAAAGUGCGUUUAACGUUCUGAGGCGUGAUACAGUGAUAACCAAGACAAUAAGGAAGGACCUACAUGACGGGAGACUCAUUGAGCUCACAAACGACAUGAUUGAAGAAUUGAAACGUCCGGAUGUCAGUGACUACCAGGAAUUACUCAGUGGAGGAUUCGGUAAAGUGUACAUAUCAAAAGAGGAGGUUCCGGGAUUUGAAUUAAGAGUUGUCAUCAAAGAAAUUAAUUUAAAGAAGCAAACAGGAAAUACUACGCAAAAAUUAGGAAUAAUAACAAACGAAAAAAUUGCGGCGCGAUUAAUGCAUUUUGGUAUAGUUCCACUGCUGGGAUAUUACGAUGACCAUAGCAAUGAAACAUACUACUUUAUAUCACCAUAUUUUGAAAAAGGGGACUUAUAUCAAGCCAUACACAAAAACAAAGAAAAUUUAGAAGACACUGAGCAAAUCAUUCUGAGCUGGGACAUCAGAUUAAAAAUUAUGUACCAAGUCUCUAGUGCAAUAGAUUUCAUGCAUACUGGCAACAUAUUCAGGGGAACAAUAUUGCAUAUGGACAUUAAAUCCAAAAAUAUUGUUUUGGAUGCAAAUUUCAAUGCGCGGUUGAUCGAUUUCGGCUUAGCUAGAGAACUGAGUGAAGGCGAAGAAUGUCUAAAGACUGAUGUGGCUGUUGGAACACCCGGAUAUUUUCCUGGGGAACAGAAAACGCUUACGAAACAACACGAUUAUCAGAACUUCGGAGUGGUUAUAAUUGAGUUGAUUACUGGUCAAACUCCGUUUGCCAACGAGGAAGGUUUAGAACUGCGGCAUUGGCAUAAAACACUCAUAGUCAAACGUUAUCAGAAAGCAGUAUGGAAAUCACAAAGUAUUGUUGAAAACGUUGCUGCAAUAGCAGUCCUGUGUACUGACACUGCACCAAAGAGCUCUAUCACGUCGGAAAAAAUAAUGAACAAGUUGAAGAAAAUCUGCCGAACAAGCUCUGUUACUGUAUGGGACGACGAAGGGCUUGAUGAUUGUUGCGAGAUAUGCUUGGUGAAUGAACCAAUAACAGUUGGUUUUGAUGGGCAUGAUAUAGGGUCCAAAGAGCAAACGUUAUGUUCAAACAGAAUCAGCACGUGUUGCUCAUGCAUGAGAAAUUCAUACAUCAAUCCAAUCAAGUGUCAUACAUGUGGGGAGACAAUAAAACCUUUCAUAAACGCCGAUUGGGGUGCCAUUUUAGUACAUGGGUAUGAUGGUGAAAACAAAGAAGUUUUUAAGAAGGACAUAACACAAUUUGAAAAAGUUAUUACAUCAAAGGUACUGCCCGCAAUGUGCAUGAGUUCCGAAAAUGUUAUUAUCUGUGAAAAUAAAGAACAAAUUGAUCGGGCGAUUGCAACACUUUUUAAAAAUAACAUUGAAACCGUUAUGUUCGUAUACUCUGGACACAAUGACGAUGGGGGUCGUGGACUUCAACUAGGCAAAGAUGAGUUCUAUCCGUUAAAUGAAUUAAGUGAUAAACUCAAUAAGUUGAAGAAAAAGAAGGCCAAUUUUGACAAAGUGAUAGUCUUUCUGGACUGCUGUUAUCCAGACAAAAUUAACUUGAAAGACUUAAAGCUAAUUCAGAUCAAUGCCACUGCUCCAACAGUUGAGGCCAAAGCAGACACAAACACUGGCAGUCCGUUCUUACAGUAUGUUAUUCAGGCAUUCACAGCGACCGCUAAUGGAAAAGGCUGCAACGUUCCAAAAUGUGAAUGCAGCGAUAUUCUACAAGACAGUUUUAUUACCCUGGAUACUUUGUGGGAUUAUCUGAACGAACAUUUUAAAAAUGGAGAAUUGAAAUUGGACAUGCCGUUUAUGAAUGCAGACAACAUUUCAUUGCAAGACACUGUCCUCGCAUAUAAUUGUAAUUUUAAAGUGCAGUUCGAAUUCACAAUACUGUACCCCGGAAAAAAAGAAACUCUGAGCAUGCGUGUGCUUCCGUCUGAGUUCAACACUUUUGAUCAACUAAAGUCAAUCGGGGCUGCGGAGGUUAUUAAGCAUGUGUGUGACAUGAUAUCAGAUAACAGCAGCAUCAUAACUAAAGUUGCUGAUACAUUGAGUAUAGAAAUCAAUACUGGACCGAGGUCCAAGCACAUUCAAGAGGUAGACACUAUAGAGAAACUGUUACUAGCCUGGACCUCAAAACGGAUUUUGCGAUGCACGGCUCGUCCAUUGUACAGCAUAAACGUGGGCAAACCUGUGGGGCGGUUACUGAAGGGUGUCCCAGAAAUCAGGAACGCACACCAGGCUGCACUACAGAAGUGUGCUAUGAAGGACCAACAUUUGACUGACAUAAAGAAAUAUAAGGACCAAAUCGACAAGAUUCAAAAUGCAGACUAUUUAAGUAUUCUAGAUAUGAUCAUUCAUCAAACAAAAGAGGAGCAGUUAAAGGGGAAUCGUUGGGAAAUUUCGUUCUUUGACCUGCCAAAUAGCUUCACUCUCGUCCAUCUUAGCCUUGUGAAGAUUGGCGGCAUUUAGGAAGCCACACGGGACUAGUUCAGGGUAUGUUCACCUAUUGAACAUUUGGGCAAAUUUAUAUUUUUAAUUGAGUGCAUAUUCAAUGUGGAACUGAUGUUUAAUAGAGAUUAACAUGUCAAUUCAAUUUAACAUUCAAUGGCAAUGGAGAUGUGUAAUACCCAGGUCUUAACAUGUACAUUCUUUUAUGAAGCUAACUUUUUUGUAAUGGCAUUGGUUUAGGAUGUGAAACUUUUAAUGUUUGUUAAAAAGACUCGGGAAAUAUAUCUGUUUUGCGAUUGUUCGAUUCAAUGUGGAUUGUUCUUCCCUGUAUCUUGGUUUGAAUUAAUGUUGUUGACUAUUUAUUUUGAAAUAUGGAUUUAAUAUUAAGGGACGGUGAGAAUCGAUAAACGAAACGAAACGUGUUCUCUUCAAAUAGUCGUCCGAUGUUUGACAUCUUUGUUGGAAAAAAUCACCAAAUAGUAUGUACAUGUAAAUACCGCACUAUUUGCUAUUGUUGUUAUUUGAUAACAAAGAGGAGAGAAGAGGAUAGAGAGAAAUAAUGAAAACUUAACCGAGUCUUCAUAAGAUAAAAAGACUAUAGGUCACAUUAAUUUAAGAAGUCAUUGCAGAGUAGUGAUAUUUUUAUUACGUUUAUCAAUUACGUAUGAAAAACAAUUGGCUGAUAUAAUUUUAUAAUUCUAAGAACAUUUUGUAAAUCCUCGGUAUUUGGAUUUUCGGCUUUUGAUUUGGUACUUCAUAUGUACCAACUCCUCAGAAUAAUUAUAUAGUUGACCACUUGAUCAUAAAUGCCUCGUUUAUGAUUACCAAGUAUAAUAUAAUUUGCAAAUAGACCAAUAAAUAGCUGUUUAUUGUUCAAACAAUUAUAGCUCCUCUCAUAUUGGUUGUAGAGAAUUACAUUAAAAUACCCGUAUGAUUGUUUCCUCAAAACUUGCACGAAAUGUGCAACGACUUGAAGUAAUUAUAUGAAAUUUAUAUUAAUAUACAUUAGUGAUUAAUAUGACUGAAGAAUAUUGUAUUGAUAAUCGUUUAAAUAAUAAUGUAUGGUGGCUUUAAUAUUAGUACUAUGUUCAAAGCAAGACAUUAUAAGAACCCAUUUCCAUUCUUGUUUUGUUUAAUUUUCUUUUAAGCAUUGUAGUAGAUAUACCAGUAUUUAGACAUUGUUUUUGUUCUUGUACAUAUGCAGGCCAUGUGUUGUUGUUAAAAUUGACGAACUCCAUUUCCGAUAUUUGUUGUUUGUAAGCUUUAAAGUGAUACGUGUGUAAAAUUUAAUAUGAUCUGUUGAAGAUAAUUUAUCAAGGGUUUAAAAAGCUAUAAAUGAAUUGUAAAAACUUGUUUUGCGUAAAGUCAUAUAGACCGAAUAAUUGUAUACCCCUACUGAAUCAAUUAAAAAAAAGUAGUUUGUUUCUUUUGUUAAUGUUUUUUUAUAUAUAAUCGUUGUAAUAACACGUCCUGAAAUGUCUUUUGAUUGAAUCUUGUCCUGAGAAGACAUAAUAUCUCUGAUGAAUUUAUUUAUAAAAUUGGAAACUAUAUUUUAUUCCUUAAGUGAAAAUUAAAACUAUAGUUUCAAAAUUUUUAUUUUAUUAAAGUUGUUUCAAAAAAUUGCCCUGUAUUGUUUACGUUUGUAAAUAUUUUAACCUAGCUUUUCUUACUUGCGUGUGUAAAUAAGAGCCGAAAUAUUGGUGUCUUUGAGCCUUCCUCGCUCUAUUGGUUUGACAAGAGUUGGUGUUGGUCUGUUGUUAUAUUCAGGUUUAGUAGCCCAAACAUAUUGUAUAAUAGAUGUUUUAAUUGUGUGUACUAUAUCAUGCCUAAGGUAGGGGAAUGCUUACAAUUUACAAUCAUGUUGUAUAAUAGCUGUUUUAAUUGUUUGUAUUAUAUCAUGAUUAAGGUAGGGGAAUGUUAACAAUGUGUACAUAAUAUUCGAUUGGCCAAAUGUUUUAAUUGCUGUGACUUUUCGAUUGUAUUUUUUUUGUAUUGCCACUGUUUUGAGCAAUUUUAAAAGGCUUGUUUUUGUCGAUAUCGAGAUUUGAUCAUUUGUAAGCGAAACAUAAAACCAAGAAUUGGGAUUUGUCAGAGGUGAAAUACAAAACGUAUUUGUUAAAUUUAAUUUGUGUAUGUUUAGUGAACCAGCGCGGACUAGGGUGGAUUUGACUUAUACGGCUUGAGUCUAGAAAAUUGACUGAAGUAUUGAAUUGUAUUAAUCACCUCUUAACAAGAAGGUAACGUUCCAUCUGUCAUUUAGGAUAAAUCAUUUGCAAAAAAGUUUAAGUUUAUUUAAUUGUUCAUUUUUUUCCCUUAUGUGGCUUCUUCUUUCAAUAAAAUUGGAAAAUGUUUCUAAACUUUAAAACAGUGUUUUGUUCACUAUUAAGCCUUAUAUAACACAUCUUUGAAUAGAAAAAAAGUUAAGAUAAACGUAGAUAAUUAUAUUACGUAUGUUUAUCGUUUUAACCCAUUGUAUGAAUUUAGUUCCAAACUAAAAUUGUUUGAGACAAUUUCACAUGUAGUCAUACUCUAAACUGUCAAAUCACAGGCACUCGGCAUUAGCUACUACCCCCCCCCCCACCUCCCCCAGCU